AUGAUGUCGAGAAGCCAAUCGAGCCUGGGUCAUCUGGACCCCUCCAGGGAGGAACAUCAGGUCCCAUCGGGAAUUUUCCCGGGAAACAACGCACCUCACUCUGCUUCUGGCCCCAUCAAUCUAUCGGGCCUCGUGUGCAAUGUUCGCCGUACCUCCGGCCGCGAGCCACCUCCCCUUGUCGGAGCGACUACAACUAUUCUGGGGGACAAACUCUACAUUUUUGGUGGCCGGAUUUUAUCCAAAAGUCGCCCGCAUUUGACGUCGGAUAUUUACGAGCUGGACUUGAUAAGGCGUCAUUGGUCGAACAUCGAAGCAACCGGCGAUAUCCCCCGGCCUCGAUAUUUUCAUAGUGUUUGUGCUCUUGGUGACAACAAACUGGUGUGUUAUGGCGGCAUGUCUCCUCUUCACAGCCCACCGAAAGAACCGACGAAUAGUGCGGGAGGACAAGAAUCGCAACCCGAGAUGGUUGCCAUGUCUGAUAUCCAUAUUUUUGAUGUACCUACUCGAACAUGGACUCGGGUGCCUGCCGUGGACUCUCCGCAAGGUCGAUAUGCCCAUUGCGCAACUAUCCUUCCGUCCAGCGCUUAUUUUACCUCUGCAACUGCUCCGCUCUCCGCGAUUCACCAUAACCCCGCGUCUUCCAAUCCCCACCAGGGCUCAAUUGGGGUGGAUAUUGAUGGAUUUGGAGGAGCGGAAAUGGUGGUGGUAGGAGGCCAGGAUAGCACCAACCACUAUAUUGAGCAAAUCAGUGUAUUCAACCUCCGAAGCCUGAAGUGGACAAACACGAGCCCUCUAGGAAGAAGCUGUGGUGCUUAUCGCAGCGUAGUUGCCCCCUUGGUUGGUAUGCGUGUUUCGGAUAUUGGAUCGAUGUCUGCCCAUAGGGAGGCACAGGAGCCGAUAGAGGAACCAGAAAGUUCAGGGUGUCCCAUGCUGAUCUAUUCCAACUACAAUUUUCUGGACGUCAAACUCGAGCUUCACAUACGCUUACCGGAUGGCCGUCUGAUCGAGAAACCUAUGCCUAGUCAAGCAUCGCCGCCGGGCCUCCGAUUCCCGAACGGAGGCGUCAUUAACGGGCAUUUUGUUGUUAGUGGGACAUAUCUGACUUCAUCUAAGCAGGAGUACGCCCUUUGGGCGCUCGACCUGAAGAGCCUUACUUGGGGUAGAAUUGACGCCGGUGGAUCUGUGUUUGGCCAUGGUGGUUGGAAUCGAGGUGUAUUGUGGGCCAGAAGAAACACUUUUGCCAUCCUUGGACAUCGGAAGCGAAGCCUGGUCGAAGAUUAUAACCACCGUCGCAUUAACUUUACCCAUCUUUGUCUGGUAGAGCUCGAGGCGUUUGGUCUCUACAAUAACCCAUGCAGGACCUCACCCACCUCUGGAUAUAUUUCGCACAGCGCGCCAUCGGUCCCUGUCUCAUUUCAACAAAAGUUAACCCAGCUCACAUCUGGCGGACGGCCAUUCUCUUCAGCAUCGGAUGAGCUAGGGCGACUGGCUCAGUCACUCCCGGAGAUGGCUGAUAUGGAGCUCCAAGCGGUUGGUGGGGAACGAAUUCCUGUGAACUCGCGAAUCCUGAGCCGGAGAUGGGGGCCGUACUUCAUCCAACUACUUCGAGAAUCGUCGGAUACCGGUACCUCGGAUUCAGCGACCCUGCGACCUGCGGCGCAGGCGUAUCCCAGUCGCAAUUCCAGUGUCACAAUCACCCCAUCACUGGACCACGGAAGCAGCUAUUCCAACGCCACUACCCUUGCCAGCAACUCCUCAAAUCCUUCUAAGUCCUUGAUAGCGAACCUUGAAAUCCCUUCUGCACAUAGCUUACCCCCCACCGCGCGACCUCGGGUUCUUUACCUACCCCAUACCCUCCUGACCCUUCAAGUCCUCGUCUACUACUUCUACACUUCUUCUCUUCCACCGAUCGGAUCUCCGCUCUGCACCCCUCAGAUCCUCUGCUCUUUACUCCAGCUUGCACGCCCGUACCAGGUAGACGGGCUCUUAGAAGCCACUGUCGAACGACUACAUCAAGUUCUCGACGGCCGAAAUGCCGCUGCGGUCUUCAAUGCUGCCGCUAUGGCAGCGGGCGGCGGCAGAGGCACCGGUUUCACCAGCGGGCCAGGCGGUACCCUAGAGGCCCUGAACGGAGUGCACGCCGCCAGCGAACUCGAGAAACCCACAGGAUCCGGCACACUUAUCGAGAGCCGCCUCAACUCCGACUCCUCCGAUACCGAGCACGGCGCCUCCGGUGUCUCUCUCGCCAGCAGCGCCGGCGGUGCCGUAGGUAGCUCCCGAGGAAUCCCCCUCCGCAUUAACACAAAUGUCUUCAACCGCCGCAAUCGCAGCACAACCGGAGAUCGUGAUCGUGAUCGCGAUCGCUCUCGUCGUCGCGACGAUUCUACAAGUAACGCCAGCACUUCGUCCCUCUCUGCCACGAGCUACGAACACUCCGACUCUGAGAUGAUCGCCGGAGACCCAAGUCAAAGCGCACGCCGUCGUCGCGGCACCCACGGCGAGCGUGCGGUCUGGACUGGAGAUUUAAGCAGCGUCAUUGGGCUCCAGAAGCGCGGCCUCCGUGGCCUCAUGGAGGGUCGGCGACUCCGCGAACGGAACACGAAGCCUUCAAUUUCCGGGCCUGAUUCUCUGGCUACCCUUUCAAUGGAACAGGGCACUCCUGCUGGUGCGGGUUAA